AUAUGUAAGAUUUUUGGAUUAAAAUAUCUAAAAACUACUAGAACAAUGUUAUAUACUUGUGUACUUACAUUAUCCCAAAUGUUUCCAUGAAUGUUUAAAUCCAGAGAAAUAAGCAAUUUUAACCAGAACAAGAACCGUGUCUGUGUGUCGCCUAUUAAUUACAUCAUACCCACAUUAACCUCGUUUUCCGGUUUUAUUUUGUAGAAACCAUGGAAACACCAAAGAUGCUUUAAUAUAUUAUGUGUUUUAGGCAAGUAAGCAACUGUUUGGAAACAUUAAUUGACAGAAAACUAAUCAUUGUUAAAUAGCUCAACACAGCAAGUCUUAUUGUUUAAAUCUCGUUUUCUUGAUUUAUCUUGAGUACCAUGUUUUACCAUGCCUAAUAUCGAUGUAGCUUACUGCAGUGUGCAACAAGUGUCUCAUAGCAGCCGCCGAGCGAACGCAGAGUAGCAUUAUAACAACUUUCAACACACAAAUGUAUCUAAUAUGAUACCAACAUAUGCUUGACCGGAAGAAGAGGAAGCAGUUUCUGCUCACAAAUCACUCGGCCCUGCUCUGCUUCAUACUACAGUAAUGUUAAUAAUCUCAUCCAUGAACAUGAUUUCUGCCAGAGUCCCAUCCCAAUUCUUUUCCACUGACUGUAGACGUGAAGACAACACCUCCCAUGAUUCCACAAAAUCAAGGCGUCAUCAAGCUACGCCUUUGUUUUGAAUAAGUGACCUCUAGCGGCAAAAAUUUACAUAGUGUGCCUUUAACAUUAGUUAACUACAUUACUUAACAUGAACUAAGAAUGAACAAUACUUCUAGAGCAUUUAUUAAUCUUAAUUAAUUUCAACAUUUACUAAUACAUUAUUAAAAUCAAAUGUUGUAUUUGGAUUAGCUGGAUUUUUAUUAACUGAUAUUAACAAAGAUUAAGAAAUACUGUUACAAAUGCAUUGCUCAUUGUUAGUUCCUGUUAGUUAAUACUGUACAUUAACUAUUGUUAACAAAUGAGACCUUAUUGUAAAGUGUUACACUAAAAUGACUAAAACUGAAAGAAAGCUAAAUAGAAAUAUUUAAAAGACAAUGACAAACAAAGCACAUGACAAAAUUACUAUAACUUAAACUAAAAUUAGAAUUAAAAACGGAAAUAUAUAAAUAAAUAAAAGCUAAUUCAAAAUGUUAUGCUUAUGUUAGCCAAGUAAAAAUAGGUUUUGGAACAACACGAAGGUGAUUUUUGGUUGAACUAUUGUUUUGAGUUUUGUCUGCAGCAAUUAUGAAUGUGCAUAAAGUCAUCUUUCAUAUUUGUGUUGUAUACUUUAUCUUGAAAACUCUCUUUUAGCCCAUCGUGUCAUAUUAGCAGCGGGUGCGGACUACUUUCGGGCUCUCUUCUGCGGAGGGUUACGUGAAUCCGGUGAGGAUGUGGUGUUACUGCGCGGCGUGGCGUCCUGGGUGCUGCGCAACCUACUGGACUUCAUUUACUCUGGCCGACUGAAACUGAGCUGCAGGACCGUGUGGGAUCUGACAGAAGCCGCUUCACAGUUUCAGCUGCAGGGGGCGCUGUCAUUGUGUUUAAACUUCCUACAGGACAACAUGGAUGAAACGUCUUGCCUGGAUGUUUUGGCCUUGGCUGAAGCCCACAGUCUGGAGGAUCUGCGCAGAAGGGCAGAGGACUAUGUUUUAGCCCACUUUCAGAGGGUGGCGGAGGGGGAGAAGUUCAGGGAUCUGCCUUGCGUCCAGCUGCAGCGUCUGCUGGAGAGAGAUGCGCUGAAUGCAGAUAGUGAGCUGGACGUGUUCAGAGCCGUGGUCAACUGGGUCGAGGAUGAUAAAGACCAGAGGCUGUGUCAUCUCUCCCGACUGAUGCAGGGCGUUCGUUUCCGUCUCAUGAGACCGGAGGAGCUGCUGGAGGUGCAGGACUGUAAACUGCUGGUCAGGAGUUCAGGAGGGAAAACGGCUCUAGAAAUUGUGAAUAAUCUCUUACAUGGUGAUAAGAGAACGUCAGACUGCAAGCCGCGCACUCCAAACCAGGUGUUGGUUCUUGUAGGUGGAGAUUGUGUGAAUGAGAAUUUCGAGCGUCGAGAGCCGAACCUGUGCUUGUGGUUUGCCCAUCGCUUCAUGCGCGGAGAGGGACUUAUCCGUACGAUCGAGUGGAGACCUCUGGCCCGCCUCCCCGAGCCGCCACGCUUCCGCCACUGCGUGUGCGUCCUCAAUAACACGCUCUAUAUCCUGGGAGGCCGGAAGUACUACGGUGCCCUGGACAUACUGAAGACUGCGCUGAGAUUUGAUCCAGCUCAGGGCAGAUGGGAAUGUCUUCCUGACAUGUCCAGCCCCAGGGAUUACUUCGCCGCUGUGUGUCACAGAGGGAAGGUGUUUGUCCUGGGUGGAAACAGCGAUGACAUGAACUGUCUGGACUCAGUGGAGUGUUACACACCUGACGACAACACCUGGAGGUCCACGCCAAACCUGUGCAAGUUGUCUCAUCCUCUGGACGUGGCUCUCUGCGGUCACGCUGCAGCCGUGUUGAAUGGAGAGAUGUUUGUGUCUGGCGGUUGUGACUCUCGUCUGCGCUGCUAUCCGUGUCUGUGGCUCUACGACCCGGUGCGUGGCUGCUCGAAACGUGCACCCAUGACGGUAGGAGCAGGACGGGCUGGUCAUGUGAUGCUGGUUGCGGGACACCGAUUGGUCGUGGCUGGGGGCUUGCAGCCAAUGUUGGCUGGGUUUGGAGACCAGCUGCAGUGUGAGUCGUAUGAUCCCGUUCAUGACUCCUGGUCGUCUUUCCCCUUUCUGCCCCGACCGCACCUCUCACCCGCAGCGGUCACUCUUGAUGGACAGCUGUAUGUUUUGGGAGGGUCUUCAGCCGAUUCAGCCCGUGAUACGUCCUGGGUGCACCGUUACGAUCCUCAGGCAAAGUGCUGGGAUAAACUAGGAGCGAUGCCACGACCUUACGCCGAUCUCGCCGCAUGCGCUUUACAGCUGCCUGUCAGCCUGAAGAGCUGAGAGCAAUGUCAUUUUUAUGAAUACUGUGUCUAUUAGGUUCUGGUAAUGUUAUAUAUUACUUCUAUUACUCUCACUAUCGACUUUGGCUUGCUUAGUUGGGUUUCUAUCCAGUAACUAUUAUUGGUUUGACUGCAAGCAGUGAUUAAAGGGCCCUCGCACCCGUGCCAUCACCACCCGGUGGCUUUAGGAAAACAACACAGUGGCCAAUAAGUACAUAAAUAUAGGAGGACAAUGUCAGUCAUUUGUAUUUGCCACACUUCCUGCUACCAGCUGGUGGCGCUAUGACUAUAACCAAAUUUUGGUGUGUAGAUGUCUUCAGGCCAGGGCACUUAUCAAAUAUGUGAAGUUUGAGGCAGAUUGGACAUUGUAUGCUUGAGUUACAACAACUUCCUGUUUCAUGACGAAAAUAGCAUGAUUUAGCACUCAACUAAGUGUUGCUUAAAGCAAUAAGCCCCUUGAAGUCGUGGUUUACAGUGAAUUUAUAACAGCUAAGGGGCGUAGGCAUGAUGCAGAGUGGAGUGCCUAAAACCCCCUUAGCUGUUAUAAUUCACGGUUACCACACAAUACAAAUAUUAAAGCCAAAAAAUAUAUAUCAAUGCAACUUUCAUGAAGUAAAACAUUAAAAGCCUUCCUUCCGCCGGAAAAAAUAGUGCCUGACCAUGAACAGCAACAGAAAUUACACUAUUACUCCAUUAGAUGGCGGCAAAGAUUGUCUUUAUGAGCGAGUCACUCAGUCGCAAAGACUUUUAUAUUGAAACUUGUUGUGAACACGGAACGCAAAUGACAAAUGCUUUGAGUAGUGCUGUCAGUGUCAGCAGGGCACAGGAAACCCCAUUAAAUGUUAAAAGGACAAGAUCGCAGCGGACAUUCAUAAACAGGUUUUUUAUUAUGAACAUAGGACUAACCUGAAGGAAAAUGCUAAAUCUGAAUGCAGGUAAUACACUCGGCCACUCAAUAUCUCUCUCACAAUACUCUUCUACAUAAUGAACAAAAUCAAUUGCGAACAAACAUGUUUACGUUGCUAAGAGUAGUUGCUAAGACAGACGCAGCAACACACUCAGUGGCACAGCGAUACUUAUGUAAUGCGGUCAGCUGAAAUAAAUAAAUAACACAAUAAAUAAGGAUAGACAGACAGACAGACAGACAGAUAGACAGAUAGAUAGAUAGACAGAUAGACUAUAUUGCCAAAAGUAUUGGGGCACCCUUCUAAAUAAUUGAAUUCAGGUGUUCCAAUCACUUCCAUGGCCACAGGUGUAUAAAAUCAAGCACCUAGGCAUGCAGACUGCUUCUACAAACAUUUGUGAAAGAAUGGCUCGCUCUCAAGAGCUCAGUGAAUUCAAGCGUGGUACCGUGAUAGGUUGCCACCUGUGCAAUAAGUGCAUUCGUGAAAUUUCCUCACUACUAAAUAUUCCACGGUCAACUGUUAGUGGGAUCAUAACAAAGUGGAAGCAAUAAUUGGGAACAACAGCAACUCAGCCACAAAGUGGUAGGCCGCGUAAAAUCACAGAGUGGGGUCAGCGCAUGCUGAGGCGCACAGUGCGCAGAAGUCGCCAAAUUUCUGCAGAGUCAAUAGCUACAAACCUCCAAACUUCGUGUGGCCUUCAGAUUAGCUCAAGAACAGUGCAUAGAGAGCUUCAUGGAAUGGGUUUCCAUGGCCGAGCAGCUGCAUCCAAGCCUUACAUCACCAAGUGCAAUGCAAAGCGUUUGAUGUAGUGGUGUAAAGCACGCCGCCACUGGACUCUAGAGCAGUGGAGAUGUGUUCUCUGGAGUCAUGAAUCACGCUUCUCUGUCUGGCAAUCUGAUGGACGAGUCUGGGUUUGGCAGUUGCUAGGAGAACAGUACUUGCCUGACUUGCAUUUUGCCAAGUGUAAAGUUUGGUGGAGGGGCGAUUAUGGUGUGGGGUUGUUUUUCAGGGGUUGGGCUUGGCCCUUAGUUCCAGUGAAAAGAACUCUUAAUGCUUCAGCAUACCAAGACAUUUUGGACAAUUUCAUGCUCCCAACUUUGUGGGAACAGUUUGGGGAUGGCCCCUUCCUGUUUCAACAUGACUGCGCACCAGUGCACAAAGCAAGGUCCAUAAAGACAUGGAUGAGCGAGUUUGGUGUGGAGGAACUUGACUGGCCUGCACAGAGUCCUGACCUCAACCUGAUAGAACACCUUUGGGAUGAAUUAGAGCGGAGACUGUGAGCCAGGCCUUCUUGCCAACAUCACUGCCUGACCUUACAAAUGCACUUCUAGAAGAAUGGUCAAAAAUUCCCAUAAACACACUCCUAAACCUUGUGGAAAGCCUUCCCAGAAGAGUUGAAGCUGUUAUAACGGUGGGCCAACUCCAUAUUAAACCCUAUGGAUUAAGAAUGGGAUGUCAUUAAAGUUCAUGUGCACGUAAAGGCAGGUGUCCCAAAACUUUUGGCAAUAUAGUGUAGACAGACAGACAGACCACCAAGGAUCAAGUAAAUCCAAAACUUGACUUACGGUCAGUCUGAAAGAGAGUUUAUAAGAAUAACAUAUAGGGAACAUAGACUCCCUGUGUUAUACCACCGGUCACAAUUGUAACCGUUUUCAUUUAUCUGCAGUCUGACAACAGAAGAAACCAUGUAUUAAUAUAAUUUAAAUAUGUAUGUAUAGAUAACCCUUUCAUGAUGAUGUGUGCAAAAAAUUAUGAGCUAUUCAAAAAUUAACUUAGGAAACUUAACUGUCAUUUCUGAGCUUUAAUGUCAUCAUUUUUAAGAUGGCAGUACCAGGAAAUAAAUGUGUGUGGUCACAUGGCCAAACUACCCUAUGUUAGACCUGCCCAGAACUCAUGCAGACAUCUUAAAUUUGCAUUAUAAAUGAACAUGUGCUUCAUAAUAAGAGUUGCUUUUUAAUACCACACCAAAAUAUGUUAUGAAAAAUUGUGGUCACAAUUGACCAGUGGGAUUAAACGGGCUAAUAACUAAUUCAAAAUAACUAAAAUAACAUUACUGUGAUGUCAAAGACGAGAGAGGACAAAUAAUCCAUUUCAUUUCUGUCUUGUUUUGCAGUGUAAAAAGGGCAUAGGUGAAUAUGAACAUGAGUUUUAGUAUGAGAGGACCUUUUUUUUUUUUUUAUACCUAAUUUGACCCCAUUUCAUGUCUAAUCGUAGUCACUGCAGGCCUGGAGGACUUCAUAUGCAUGAUGAUAGAAGAACAUCUGCAAAAAAAGAGAGAAAGAGGUUAGAAAGAGAAAAAGGUAAAAAGUAGCGCUGAAAUUAAAUGCAAGAAUGUUUUGUAACAGCAGUGAAGGAAAGUUACUGUGAUACAGUGUUGACUGUGAGUUGGCAUCAUAUCAAGAGUGAGUGAUGUCUUCUACAUAGUGAAAUAAUGCAAACGCUCUCUGUGCUACUGAUUUCCAUGAUUAAAGAUGCUGCUGUUGUCUCUGCUUUGCA